AUGAUUUAAUAAUACUUUAAUCCAUUCAGAAAAAGCAAUCAGUGUGCAUACUCGCUCUUUGAUGAAAAAAGUUCUCAUGAGAUAACUGUUGAGGAUGAAUUAGCUAUUUUAAAACCUAUUCCAAGUUAUGUAUGGGAAGAUGAUUAUUAUGAAUAAUUGAAUCUAGAGUUGAAAUAUUAUAACAUAGAUGUGUAAGUGCUAUCACAUUCAGAGUGGUAAACCCUUUUAAAGACUGGAACGUACGAUUCAAAUAAAAACCUACUAUUAUCAAUAUUUACUACAAGAUCAUUAACAGUGAAGCAAGUUUUUGAUUUCAUAACGAUGCAAUGCUAAAUGUCUUGUUAAUUUGCCUAACUAAAAAGUCAAGUGAAAGAAAAAAAUUAUGAAUGUAUCAGUAAGGACGUUAAUAGAACUUUUAAGAGUUCAAUUUAUUUUUAGAAAGAAGAAGUACUUUAAAGACUGUAGGACAUACUGGUGGCUUACAGUAAUUUGGAUUCAGAAGUAUCUUAUGGUUAGGGAAUGAAUUUCAUUGUUGCAGCUCUUAUGUAUUUGGACUUCAAUAAUGAUGAAGCUAUAUUUGAAAUUCUAAGAACCAUAAUAAUGGAUAGGGAGUGGAGAUAAUGUUAUAUUAAUGAUACACCAGGAUUGUUCCUAUUGGUAGCAAAAUUCAACUUCAAAUUUAAGGAAAAGAAUGCCUGCAUUAUAUCACCAUUUUUUAAGCCUUGGAAUUGA